UUCCGGUUCCGCGUCGCGUGCGUAGGCCGAAGUGCUCUGCUGCAGUUUCAGUUUGUCUUAUUUAUUGUUAUCAUCUCCACGAAGAGCGCGCGGUGUCGGGGUGACGCGGCUUGGCGCGAGGAGCAGCAUGGAGCACACGGGCAUAAUCGAGGAGGGGGGCCAGUCGCUCCACCAGCCGCACGAGCCCAUCAGCUUCGGGAUCGACCAGAUCCUGAACAGCUCGGACCAGGCAGGGGGCUGCAUGCUGCCCCACCGGGACCAGCGGGGGGAGCCCCCCCCGGAGUACGCCCUUCCCGCCGCCAACCUGUACGCGAGCGGCUACAACAGCGUUUACAACAACCCCGCGUGCUCCAUGGCGGCGGGGCUAGCGGCGUCCUACAACGUCAACAUGAACAUGAACGUCAGUAUGAACAUGAACGUGAACGUGAACCCGGGGGGCGGAGAGCGCAGCGGCGGGGUGAUCCGCGUGCCGGCCCACAGACCCAUGCCGCCCGCGCCACAUCCGCCCCCGCCGACACACGCACCGGGAAUGGGGCCCGGGGGCAUGCCCCACCCGGGGAUGCCCGGUUUAACCGGCAUGCCCGGGAACGCGAGUUUCACCUUCCCUUGGAUGGAGAGCAGCCGGCGCUUCGCCAAAGACAGACUGACAGGGGAGCAGGCAGGGGACAGCCCCCCGGGAGAGGCCCCCGGCCGGCCCACCAUGUCCCUGCCCGGCCUCUGCCCCCUCCCCAAGGGAGACAUGGGCAGGGUCCCCUCCUGGAGCACCGUGGAGACCCUAGCUAAGUGCUACUACCCCGAGCUAGCACACCUGAGGGACCACGACCCCCUGGCCGACUACCCCUUCCCCAAGGGGGCUCGCUCAGCGCUGUCGCCGUUCUCGGUGACGCGGCGCAUCGGCCACCCGUACCAGAACCGCACGCCGCCCAAGAGGAAAAAGCCGCGGACGUCGUUCAGCCGCGUGCAGAUCUGCGAGCUGGAGAAGCGCUUCCACCGGCAGAAGUACCUGGCGUCGGCGGAGCGCGCCACGCUGGCCAAGGCCCUGAAGAUGACCGACGCCCAGGUCAAGACCUGGUUCCAGAACCGCCGCACCAAGUGGAGGAGGCAGACGGCUGAGGAGCGGGAGGCGGAGCGGCAGCAGGCCAACCGGCUGAUGCUCCAGCUGCAGCAGGAGGCCUUCCAGAAGACCCUGAGCCAGCCACUGCAACAGGACCCGCUCUGCCUGCACAACUCCUCCCUGUAUGCCCUGCAGAACCUCCAGCCCUGGGCCGAGGACAACAAGAUUUUCGCUCUCCCUUCAGCUGACGGUCUAGAGCCCCGGGGAGCCCCUGUCCUCCAAGGGCCCGGCUUCACAUGGACCCUCCAGGAUGGGCCCCUGAGGCCCCUGGAGCUGCCCGGAGCUGGCCCCGCUGCCCUCUAUCUGCCCGGCGGCGGCAAACACACAACCCCCUUUUUUGGCUUUUGACUUUGUACAACGUAGUAGAUGCAUGUUUCAAGCCUUUUAUUGUGUACAUUGGGACCGCGACCAGGAAGUCCCCUGACGAGGUGGAGGAGGAGUUUGGGGGGUACGGCAGGUGGCUCCGCCCCCCUGCUCUCGUUUCGUUAUUUAAAAGGUGUUUUAUAUUAAAUGAUACCGUGACUUUUUGAAAAGAUGACAUCACUCUUCUGCAGGCUUUUCUUUCUGUGUCAGCGUGU